AAAAAAAAAUACAGAGCUUCUCUUACUUCUCCCGAGUGUUACUGUCGAGGAAGGAAGACAACAAUUCGCGAGGAAUCAACUCACUCAGAACACAAAACCGAUCCAAAUCCCGAUACGAUGAGGAAGCGUCAUCCCAAGGCGUCGGAUUCUUCAGAGCCAUCGUCAAGUCAAGAAACCGAUAACGAUGUUGUUCUCGAUAAAGAGGAUGAUGUGCAGGUCGAUGUUAGAAGAUCAGGGAAAGUAUGGCUCUCAGUGUUGAUUCUGAUCACAUACUCCUCUUGGGCUGUUUACAAUUACCAGCAUGGGAAUUUACCUCGUCCUUUAACCGCACAACAAGCUGGCAAAAGGGGUUUCUCUGAAAUUCAGGCAAUGAAACAUGUCACGGCUUUGACUCAGUUUGGUCCGCAUCCCGUUUCUUCUGAUGCUCUUGUCCAUGCCCUUGAGUAUGUAUUGGAAGCAGUUGAGAAAGUUAAAGAAACUGCUCAUUGGGAGGUUGAUGUGAAUGUUGAUUUGUUCGAAUCCAAAUCCGGUGUAAAUCGUCUUGUCGGUGGUCUUUUCAAAGGGAAGUCACUUGUGUAUUCGGAUAUAAGUCACAUUGUGCUAAGAAUCUUGCCAAAAUAUGAAUCAGACGCAGGAGACAAUGCUAUUCUUGUCUCUUCUCACAUUGAUACUGUCUUUUCAACAGGUGGAGCUGGAGAUUGUAGCUCAUGUGUAGCUGUAAUGCUGGAACUAGCUCGAUCUGUUUCCCAAUCGGCUCAUGGAUUCAAGAAUUCUGUUAUCUUCUUGUUCAAUACUGGAGAGGAAGAAGGUCUUAAUGGCGCUCAUAGUUUUAUUACUCAGCAUCCAUGGAGUUCCACAGUACGUUUAGCUAUUGAUUUAGAAGCCAUGGGUACAGGUGGAAAGUCUGGUAUUUUUCAGGCUGGCCCGAGUCCGUGGGCUAUUGAAAACUUUGCUUUGGCCGCGAAAUAUCCAUCUGGUCAGAUCAUUGGACAAGAUCUGUUCACUUCUGGAGUAAUAAAAUCUGCGACUGAUUUCCAAGUAUACAAGGAGGUUGCUGGUCUCUCAGGAUUGGACUUUGCUUUUGCAGAUAAUACUGCUGUCUAUCACACUAAGAAUGAUAAGAUAGAACUGAUAAAACCAGGAUCGCUUCAGCAUCUUGGGGAAAAUAUGCUUGCUUUCCUCCUUCGUGUUGCUUCAUCUUCUGAUCUGCCAAAGGAGAAAACACUCCAGGGAGAGGAGAAAUCCAAAGCGGACUCAGCUGUCUAUUUUGACAUUUUGGGGAAGUAUAUGAUUGUAUACCGGCAAAGUUUUGCGACAAUGCUAUAUGUUUCAGUGAUCAUGCAGUCGAUUCUCAUAUGGGUUAUGUCUUUGAUCAUGGGUGGUUAUCCAGCUGUUGUGUCGCUCAUGUUGUCGUGUUUGAGUAUCAUCCUCUCAUGGAUAUUCUCAGUAGCUUUCUCGGUUGCUGUUGCCUUCAUACUUCCAUUGAUUUCUUCAUCACCUGUUCCCUACGCUUCAAACCCAUGGAUGACAGUUGGAUUGUUUGUGUCCCCUGCGGUUUUGGGGUCAAUAAGUGGUCAACAUGUGGCCUUCAUGUUCCUUCGGAAGAAAUCAUCAAACCGAAACUCGAACAAAAUGCAAGUCUCACCAAGACUAAGGGAUAACUUGGCCAAGCUGGAGGCUGAAAGAUGGCUGUUCAAAGCUGGUUUUAUACAGUGGCUUGUUCUUCUGGCCUUGGGAACCUAUUAUAAACUUGGAUCAACUUACCUAGCUCUGGUUUGGCUAGUUCCUCCUGCAUUUGCAUAUGGAUUGCUUGAGGCGACUUUAACUCCAAUCCGAUUGCCUAAGCCCCUCAAGCUUGCAACUCUCGUUAUCAGCCUGGCUGUACCAGUUUUGGUUUCAUCUGGCAGUUUUAUCCGGUUAGCAGGCACAAUGAUCGGCAUGCUCAUUCGAUUUGACAGAAAUCCAGGCGGAACUCCAGAAUGGCUAGGCAAUGUGAUGAUCGCUGUUGUUAUUGCUACUUUCAUAAGUCUGACUAUGGUAUACCUGCUGGCUUAUAUUCAUCUCUCCGGUGCAAAAAGGUCAAUUGUCACUGCAUUAUGCAUUAUCACUGCCCUCUCUCUUUCUCUUGUAUCUUCUGGUGUUCUUCCUGCAUUUACCGAGGAUACUGCAAGAGCAGUAAAUGUAGUACAUGUUGUGGAUACAAGCGGGGAAGAUCCAGUGUCGUUCAUAUCGUUGUUCUCAAACACUCCUGGAAACUUGAACAUGGAAGCAGAGCAGAUCAAAGAAGGGUUCAAGUGUGGGAGAGAUAAUAAGGUUGAUUUUGUCAGCUUCGAAGCUAAGUAUAGUUGUGUGACCAAGAAGAACGCCGAGGCUGGAUGGGACAAGAACGAUAUUCCGGUUCUGCGUGUCGUAGACGACAAAGAAAGAGUCAUAGCAGUUUCGAUGGACACAGGAGGCUCAACUCGCUGGACUCUUGGCAUUGACAUGGAGGAAAUAGAAGACUUUACACUGCAAGUAGGUGAGGAGGAGGAGUUGAUGAUAGCACGUGGCGAGAAGAGCAGCAACGAAGAAGGGUGGCAUCAAAUUCAAUUCUCAGGUGGGAAAAAGGCGCCAACAAGGUUUGUUCUCAAACUUUAUGAAAAGAAGGAAGAAGUAUCUGUUGAGAAGAAGAAGAAGAAGGAGGAGAAGAAGCAGAGACCUCUCUUGAAACUCAGAACUGACUUUGAUCGUAUCACUCCACAAGUGGAAAGGGUUCUCCAAAAACUUCCUUCGUUUUGCUCAUUGUUUGGAAAAUCCACUUCUCCUUUUACUCUCGCUUUUCUUGCUUCUCUUCCUUACACCAAAUAGGCAAAUACCACUUCCUCACAAUACAUUCUUUUUUGUUGUUUGACAUCAAAAGCAAA